CCAAGUUGGUGGCUAAACUUUUACAGCCUUACUGAAGUUUUGUUCGACGAAGCCUUGGAGAGAGCCAAGGAGCUCGACGAAUUCUUCGAGAAAAAUGGCCGCCUCGUGGGUCCUUUGCAUGGCGUCCCCAUGACUCUGAAAGAUCAAUUCGAUGUGAAAGGUCACGACAGUACACUAGGAUAUGUUGGUCGCGCAUUCAAGCCGGCUGCCGAAGACUCUGUACUGGUAACACAAUUGAGACAGCUCGGUGCGGUUAUCAUUGCUAAAACGAACCUUCCCCAGAGUAUAUUGUGGUGUGAAACUGAAAAUCCCCUGUGGGGCCUAACAGUUCACCCGAAGAAUCCCGAAUUCACAUCUGGGGGCUCAUCUGGAGGAGAAGGCACCGUUCUGUAUUCGAAAGGUUCUGUAGUUGGGUGGGGAACCGACAUUGGUGGCAGCAUUCGCAUCCCGUCCCAUAUGCUAGGCUUGUAUGGCUUGAAGCCCAGUAGCACUCGUUUGCCGUACCUGGGUGUUCAGGUAUCUACCGACGGCCAGGAGCAUGCGCCUUCGGUUAUUGGUCCCAUGAGCAGGAACAUCGAAUCACUGAUUGCCGCAACCAAAGCCGUCAUCAAUGCAGCACCUUGGAAUCUCGAUCCCAAGUGUUGUCCCCUCCUAUGGAGAAGUGGCCCCUAUAUUGAAUGUCAAACAAGGCCCCUGGUGAUAGGUAUCAUGCAUGACGAUGGUGUCGUUAAGCCUCAUCCACCUGUAGCUCGAGUUUUGGAUGAAGUGGUAGCAAAGCUUGAGGCUGCUGGACAUGAGAUCGUACCCUGGAACCCAGGAAACCUACAUCAAGAGUGCAUUGAUAUCAUGGAUAAAUUCUACACUGUCGAUGGUGGCGAAGACAUUCGAAAGGAUGUGGAGGCCGGGGGUGAACCGUUCGUACCACAUGUGGAGGCGCUUGUUAACCGGGGAGAGGCCAUCUCGGUCUAUUCGUACUGGCAAUUGAACAAAGAGAAGAUCGCAGCACAGAAGAAAUUCCUUGAUUUGUGGAAUUCAACCGUUUCUCCGAAGACGGGAAAUAGGAUCGACGUACUCUUGACACCGGUCAUGCCGCACGCAGCAGUUCCUCACCGCAAGUGUCGGUGGGUCGGAUAUACUAAGGUUUUCAAUCUUGUCGACUACCCAGCGGUUGUAAUUCCAGCCGGCAAGGUGUCGAAAGACCUUGAUAGCACCAGUAGCGCUUCUUGGGGCUCGUACGAGCCGCGCAACGCGAAAGACGAAUUUAACCAUGGGCUUUACGACUUGGACAGCAUGGACGGCAUGCCUAUAGGCGUGCAGGUAGUCGCUCGGAGGCUAGAGGAGGAAAAGGUUUUGGGCGCUGCCAAACUUAUCGAUGCAUUGCUGCACGAUGCCUAGAAUUACACGUAGUUGUCGGUCAUGAUUCUUAAUUGUCACGCUUUGCACUUUAGUACACACACCUUUUCAUUUGAACUUUCUCGUUGCUAGGCUCCAAUGUUCUUGCCUAAGGCAUACGUUUGAACUCUGUGGAAACAAACACUUGCAUGGGAUCUACACGAUACACGUGCAAAAGAUCCUUCUGCUCCACACCGCAAACACCAGGACC